AAUCAAAUAGAAACACAUUUUAUUUCUUCGUUUUAUCUUUUUGUUGAAUAAUUGAAUUUUUUGUAUAUAUUUGAUCCAAAUGGAUGUAAUAAGUCAGAAUUCAAGUAAGGAGGCGUCAGUGAAAGAGUUUCUGAAACAUUUUCCUUUGCAAGAUCAAGAAGAUGGUAACGUAUCACUAAAGUCAUCGAAUGAUACAGCAUCAUGUUGCAAUGACUAUGGUAGUCAUGUCAAUUACCAAAACUCUGAAUUUGGUGGCCAAUCGAGUACGGCAGAAGAAAUAAGGUCUGUGGACUUUGAUUUAAAUGAAAAUGCUUUUGGACAAAUCCAUACAUCACCAAGCCGAAUUCUACCAAUACCAUAUUCUAGAAAACCUAGUCCAAUGAACAACAAAGAAUCGUAUGAAUCAACUGAAAAAUCUCUUUGGGAAAUGGGUUUCAAUGCCAACGAGGUUGCAGGCUGGGAAGAAAUUCGUCAGCCACCAAAAGACAAUUUAUACCAGCUGCUUAGAAAUAUGAUCGAUCAUAGCAUUAAACCCGAUGUUAUGGUACGCAUUGGUUCGGCAAAAUUCCAUGUUCAUUGGAUGGUACUGAAGUGUUAUUCCGAAUUCUUUAUGGAGUGCGACAAUGAACUUCUUGUGGAACUGCCUGCGGAGAAAAUAACACCAGAAGCUUUUGUCAUGGUUUACAAGUGGAUGACCGCUGACGAGCCUCAAAUAGAGCGAGAACGUAUUUUGGAACUUUUCAUGGCUGCCAAAUAUCUGAAAAUAAAACAACUGGAGUAUCAAUGUUGGAUAUGUCUGGAUGAUAAUGUUUGCUUUCGGGAGGAAACUGCAUUUCUCUUGUAUCUGGAAGCUCGUAAUUACAAUUUGAAAGAUGUGCAAAACCUAAUGCUGGCACGAAUUUGCAAGUUUUUCUUGACUUUGGUGGCUUCCAAAGAGUUUUUGUCCUUAAGUCCCAAGGAGAUAUGUACCCUGCUGAGUUUGAAUUCAAUUGGUGUAAACUCAGAAAUAGAGAUUCUUAUGGCAGCAGUGCGAUGGCUGUCUUACAACUGGCAAGAAAGGGAGCCACAUAUUUUGGAUGUUAUUAAAUGUGUUCGCUUUAGUCUAAUGCCUGCUGUGUAUUUGGUUACAUUAAACAAUGACAUAGAUUUUCCGGAACUGGAACGUAUUAUCAAAAAACCAGAAGUCAAGAAAAUGAUAAGUGAUGGAAUAUCAUAUACAACCACAAAAUCAUUUUAUGGUCAUAAACGUGAAGAGUUUCUGCAGACAAUUGAACGCUACAAUUUGGAGAAACCCAUGUUGCGUGUGUGGAUCUUUGAUGAGCAAUGUAACUAUCAUUGCUGCUUGAAAUGUCCCAAUUUUCACAGCAUUUCCUACACAUCAUUUCUGGAAUAUUUGGAUAUGAUUAGAACGAUUGGCAAGGAUUAUUGGCGUUCGUUACAGCUGUCCAAUGAAGUAAAGAACCCAUUGCAAUGUUGCUCGAAUCAUCUUGCUCCAUUAGAAAGAAAACUAAAUGAAAAAAUGUUUCUGUGUAAAAAUCGUUACCAAGGUGUGCAUGAAGCAGAUGGAAUGUUAACAAAAAUAGAAAGAGCAAAAUACCACCGCAAAAUCGUUAUCAAAUUUAAACAUUUUAAACAUUACAAGAGCUCUAUAUUUUUUACACCCAAGAGAUAUUUUAAGUAUUCACCUUCAAUAAUCACCACUACACCACACAUGAAUAAUGACAAUGCAACGGAAACGGAAAUUGAAGCCAUCGUUAAUUUUGAAUGCCCAUAUGGGUUUACAACUGAGGUGAAGGACAAUGCAGCGCAGCUGAACAACCCACAGCAAACAAAAAACAAUGUAUGCAACAAUAAAAAUCGCCAUUCAACAGAUGUGAUGAUGAAAAGAGGACAUUUGGCGAAAAGUCCAUCUCCAUCUCCACUGCCAUGGCCAUCAGUUGUUUGUCUUGCAUCCGAUAUGAAGGAUUGUAAACAACAUCCACAACUACCAAGCCAGUUGAAAUUGUCGCCUAAGGCUCAAGGAAUGAAACAAAAUCAAUUCGAAACAGAAAGUAUGGAGGUGGUAGAAGCAACAAAUGCCAGUUGUACUGUGAUUUAUAAACGUGUCACACUGCCCAACAUGAGUGCUGACUCACUGACCGAACAGUGCCGGACAAGUACAUGUCUGUUGAACAAUAACGACAUUCUCACCAGAAAUAAUGAUGAUGACGGUGGGGAUAACGUCGCCAUUAUUGCCCAGAAGCAAAUUGGAGAUGAAAAUUUAGGGCCAUGCAAUACAGAUCCAAUUGACUGGAAACGGCAAUUAUUUUGUAUCGUUCCCGAUACCAAACUGCAUCGUAGCAGGCUGGAGAAGGCCCAGCCGGUUGUACGCACCGAAUUGACCCGAUUGAAUCCUCAUCGGCUGAGUGUACAUGUUCGUCCUUUUUUCUUCAUGGGAGAGAAACAUCCCGGAGUGCCUUCUCAAUCUAAAGGUUGA